CCACCCUGUAUAGAGCACAACAUAUGGCAAAACCAAAAUGCAGAGGAAAAAUUUGGGAAACGGCAUGCAUCGAGGCCUAUAUUUAUUGGCUCUCCCCUCUGUUCACCAAGUUACCCCGCUCAGUUGGAGGCUCUCACCCCCACAUUGCAAAUGAUUUCAUUGAGGGUCUCCAAUUGAGGCGGGCGGUGGCAGGUCAAGGUGGCGAUUGACAAGGCGGGAGGGGAUCCAUCGGUUGGCCGGCCGGUCGUCGACGCCAUGGCGGUGAGCCAGAGCGCGCAGCUCGGCAUGGCCACCGCGUUCUUCGGCGCGCUGUCCUUCCUCCUCGCGAUCCUCGGCGAGCUCAACAAGCCGCCGCACGGGACGCCGAUCAGGGGCAGGGGCGUGGUGGUGUGCAAGUUCCCGGCGGACCCGACGGUGGCGCUGGGCGCGCUCUCGGCGGUGGCCGCCGCGUGCGGCGCCGGCGUCGGCGCGCUCGCCGUGUUCUUCCCCUACAACGGCAAGCCCGUCCCGAGGAAGGCCCUCUUCGACUACACCCUCCUCUACGUCUUCUUCCAUCUCGCCAUAGGCAUCACGGUGGCAGGGAUAGCCACGACGGCGUGGGUGACGGCGAGCGAGGCCAUGCACCGCGUCCGGAACGUGCACGGCGUCGACCCGGAGUAUGCCUGCCCGACGGCCAAGACCGGGGUGCUCGGCGGAGUGGCGUUCCUCAACCUCGACGCGUCACUCUUCUGGCUCCUCUGCCUCAUGCUCGCCGGCAACGUCAAGGAGGAGUACUUCGACGACGGCGGCGGCGGCGGCGAGGUCGGCGACGGCGUCGCGGGGCUCGAGGAGAAAUAGCCAGUUAGCCACCCUGGCUUGUACAUGACUCGCGCGGGGAAAUCGCCACCGCAGAUUUGCAUCAAGAUUCGGACAUAUACAACUCAGGUGGGGAAAAACAACGUCACGAGGGAGAAAUACAGCACGCAUCACGGAAACGAUCGAACGGCAGAUGGGCUAGGUGCAGAAAAACCGCGUCCCAUAUGCGUGUGAAUAUGCAUGGCAACAUGACAUGUGUGUACAUAUUAUGCCUGGUCGUUCUACCGAGACUCUCCUUUCGUUGUACAUAAAUUUGUCUGAUCCGUAUUGGCUGCCGCUGAAGUGCAUUGUUCAGUACUCCCUCAGACUCAUAAUAUGGCAAUCUAGAAUUAGAUGAGAUAUUUCAAUGAAUCUGAAUAGAAGGGUGUUCAGACGUUAUACUAUAAAAUGA